AUGUUGCUCUCCACCAACACCCGAAAACACAAGGUCAGCGUUAUUGGGUCUGGUAACUGGGGCACUGCUAUCGCAAAGAUCGUCGCCGAAAACACCCUCCAGAAUAGUGAUGUGUUCCUUGAGACUGUGGAAAUGUGGGUGUUCGAGGAGAAGGUGGAAGUACCGAAGGACUCGAAGCAUUACAACCCAUCAGAUCCCCUCAGCCAAGGUCCCCAGAACCUGACUGAGCUCAUCAACAAAUACAACGAGAACGUGAAGUACCUUCCUGGAAUCGCCCUCCCCAAGAACCUCCACGCCAACCCGUCGCUGGAAGACUCUGUUAAAGAUUCUUCGAUUUUGAUUUUCAACGUCCCCCAUCAAUUUAUUAUCAGAAUUUGCGACCAGCUCCAAGGACAGGUUCUACCCUACGCUCGCGGUAUCUCGUGUAUUAAGGGUGUAGAUGUACAAGAAGAGGGAGUCAGUCUCUUUUCCGAGACUAUCGGCAAGAAGCUGGGAAUCUACUGUGGUGCCCUUUCUGGCGCCAACAUAGCCAACGAGGUUGCCAAGGAGCUGUGGUGCGAAACUACGAUCGGCUAUGACCCUCCUCAUCUUGAUUCUAAAGCCCCAACACCCGUUGGAGGCUCUCCCUCUCAAUCACAGGUGGACCUUAUCUCCUUUGAGCACAAGGACACCUCGGGACAGUACUCCAAGGUGAAGCUCCGCGCUCUACCUAACGACUACGCACCAAUCGACCAUGCCCUCCUCAAGACGCUUUUCCAUCGUCCCUAUUUCCAUGUCCGUGUGGUGAAUGAUGUUGCAGGAGUUGCCCUGGGUGGCGCUCUCAAAAACGUCAUUGCCGUUGCUGCUGGUUUUGCCGACGGCAUUGGCUGGGGCGACAACGCGAAAGCUGCUGUCAUGCGUGUCGGACUGCUUGAAAUGGUCAAAUUCGGUACUCAGUUCUUCGGCAACUCUAUUGACACGAAAACCUUCACCGAAGAAAGCGCCGGGGUUGCUGAUCUGAUUACCAGCUGCAGCGGUGGCCGCAACUUCCGCUGUGCCAAGCUUAGCGUGCAGCGAAACGCGCCCAUUGAGGAAAUUGAGAAGCAGGAGCUGAACGGCCAGAAGCUGCAAGGAACACUCACUGCUGCCGAGGUCAACAAGUUCUUGAAGAAGCAGGGUGUCGAAAACGACUAUCCUCUGUUCACCUCGGUGCACCGUAAGCCCAGCAUCAUCUCAUGUUUUUUUUUCUUUGCUAACUUAUGA